AUGGAAGAGCAAAGCAAAGACAGCGAAAUGCAGUCGCUGGACGACAACAGCAAGACCUCGACUCCGGUUAUCGCACCGGCAGACCAAAAAGCCCAGAGCCCACCGAGCAUGGAAAAAGAGAGUUACGAGGUCGGCUGGGAGGGCGGUGAUGCGGAUCCCCUAUGCCCUCGUAGCUACAGCUCCUUGAAAAAGUGGCGCAUCGUUCUUGUUAUUUGUUUUGUCAGUCUGUGCAUGACAUGCGCUAGUUCCAUCUACACCGCGACAUACCAACAGAUGGAAGCAGAGCUGGGCAACUCAAGAAUAGUGUCUAUUCUUGGUCUUUCCCUAUUCGUUCUCGGUAUCAGUUUCGGUCCUAUGGCUCUUGGCCCCCUCAGCGAGUUUUACGGUCGGCGACCCAUUUACGUCAUUUCCUGGACGAUCUAUGUUAUUUUCAUUAUACCACAGGCCGUCGCCAAGAACAUUGGGGUGAUUCUCGUUUUCCGUUUCCUCGACGGCUUCGCUGGCAGCGCUUUCCUCGCCGUGGCUGGAGGCACCAUUCACGAUCUCUUCGACAGGGCGCAACUACAACACCCGAUUUCUGUCUUCUCAGUGUCGCCAUUUAUCGGACCCAGUCUGGGUCCCCUGAUUGGCGGUUUGAUCUGUUCUUAUCUCGAUUGGCGAUGGACGUACUACGUUUUAAUCAUUUGGUCUUUUGUUUUGUGGCUGGCAAUCGUCUUUCUUGUUCCUGAGACGUUUCAUCCUGUUCUAUUACGAAACAAGGCGAGAAAGCUUCGAAAAGAGACAAACAACGAAUGGUUUGCUCCUAUGGAAAGAGCGCACCGGUCUGUUGCCCACGCAAUUGGCAACUCCUUACUCCGACCAUUCCAGCUUCUCAUCCUUGAACCCAUGUGUUUCUGCCUCUGCAUUUUUGCAGCACUCUUGCAUGGUAUUCUUUACUUAUUUUUCGACGCUUUCCCGCUGGUCUUUGUCAACAAUCAUGGUUUCAACUUGUGGCAAGUCGGUCUAUCCUUCCUAGGAAUUGGUCUUGGCAUGAUCCUGGCUGUUUUCAUGAAUCCGGUUUGGAACAAUGCGCGAAACCGUCUUGUGCACAAGAAAGAACGAGAGACGGGUAUCCAAGGUGCUAGCGAGCCCGAGUUCCGGCUUCCUGCUGCUAUGGUAGGCUCUCUGAUUGUGCCUGUUGGCAUGUUCAUGUUUGGAUGGACAACAUUCCCCUGGGUGCACUGGAUUGCUCCUAUCAUAGGCUCUACCGUCUUUGGAUUUGGGGCAUUGUUGCUGUUUACCUCUAUUUUCGGUUUUCUUGUUGACGCUUAUCCAACGUACGCAGCGAGCGCCAUGGCCGCAAAUGGCUUCAUCCGAUGCAUUUUUGCCGCCGUAUUCCCGCUUUUCGGCGAGCACAUGUUUGAAGGAUUAGGAUACCAAUGGGCGUCAUCAUUGUUGGCGUUUCUCACCGUUGCCAUGAUACCGUUUCCGUUCCUCUUUUUCCGAUAUGGCAAACUUAUUAGAGGCAAAAGCCGGUUCGCUAAGAAAUAG